UCUCCCGCCUCUCCCCGGGAAGGACUCGGAAGAUGGCGGCGGAGGAUCGGUGCCGGUCUGACGCUGCUCGGGAGAAGCGGCGGGAGCAACUGAACCGCUGGCUGGUCUCGGACACGGAGCGGAGCGUCCCCCCGGGGGGCCCCGGUUCCUCCCGCCGCCCUGGCCGGGUCCGCUUCGCGCAGGGGGCCGUGUUCAUGGCCGCUUGUUCGGCCGGAGACCGGGAGGAGGUGCGGCAGCUGCUGGCGGCCGGAGCCCCCAUAAACGGAACCAACGUGGACGGGCUGACAGCUCUGCACCAGGCCUGUAUAGAUGAGAAUAUGGAUAUGGUUCAGUUUUUGGUGGAAAACGGUGCGAUGGUGAACCAGCCGGACAACGAAGGAUGGACCCCUCUUCACGCGGCGGCGUCCUGUGGCUUCGUGAGCAUCGCUCAGUACCUGAUAUCUAAGGGGGCGAGCGUUGCCGCCGUUAACAGCGAGGGCGAGCUACCGCUUGAUGUGUCGCACGAGAGCGCCAUGGAGAAGCUGCUGAAAAGUGAGAUCAAAAAGCAAGGUGUAGAUCUAGACAUCGCCCGGAGGGAAGAAGAGGAGAUCAUGCUGAGAGACGCCCGGCUCUGGUUGAACAACGGGAAGUACGAGGACGCCAGACACCCCACCACGGGUGCCACUGCACUCCAUGUGGCGGCGGCCAAGGGUUACACAGAAGUCAUUAAGCUGCUCCUACAACUGGGGUUUGACGUGGACUCCCGUGACUUUGACGGCUGGACUCCUCUGCACGCCGCGGCUCACUGGGGCCAGCAGGAUGCUUGCCGUCUCCUGUGUGAGGCUCUCUGUGACAUGGAGGCUGUCAACAAAGUGGGACAGACAGCGGCUGAUGUCGCGGACGACAGUAUAGAGUCUUUACUAGAAGAGCUAAAGGACAAACAGAGUGUGCUGCGCGUGGAGAAGAUGAAAAAUGCUCCACAGAUUCUGUCUCCAACCGGCCCUCCAAACCAGAGCGCGAGCAGCAAGACCAGGAGGAGUUCUAUUUCUCGUCUGAGCAGCCAAGAGAAGGUUGCACUACGGGUGCAGGAUAAAGAACGCCGCGCUCAGCCCUCCACCAUGGCCGGAACUACCACCCAACCCAUUGCCUCUAGCUCCGACGCAGAGUCCGGCUCCGACGCCGAGUCCGAAAAAGUGAAAGCUCAGGAAAGAAUUAAUAACCUGAAUAAUCAACUGCGGAACCUUUCAGGAACUGCUGCAAAAAAGCCUCCGGUCACACAGGACCAAGCCAAGGCCGAGCCAGCCUCGGGAUCAUGGAGGGCCUCUCUUAGGAAGACCGGAAGCUCCAGCGCGUUGAGUUCUGGCACCGUUUCUGAGGAAGGGAGGAGAGCCGCGUUACCAAAAUCUGCUUCCAGUUCCCAGCUAUCAGAAAGGGAAAAAACUGGAGCUGAGCUUCGCUUAGCCCGUGUGCCCCCCAGCCAGAAAUUGCUAGGCGACCAGGAGAACCCUCCGCUUAGCCGUGGUUCACUUUUCCAGCAGCGUUAUGGGGAGGACGGGUUGGCUUCACUUCGCAGGCAGAGAGGAGAGGCCCUUACCGCUAAAACAGAGACUCCUGUUUCAAAACGAGAAUUCUUGACAUCUAAGCCUGAACCCUCUGUAUCGGCUGCAAACACAACGCCUGCCAAAACCGACAGCAACGUUUCUGCACCCAACGCUCUUGGAAGACGCACAGACGUUUCGAAUGCUGCCAGUACCACCACAACCUCCACCACCACAGCCACCACGAACUUGGAGACUACGCACAACCCUGAGACCAAAGAAAGACGCAGGUCCUAUUUGACCCCUGUGAGGGAUGAAGAGGCAGAAGCUCAGCGCAAGGCAAGGUCUCGUCAUGCUCGCCAGUCUCGUAGAUCAACUCAGGGAGUGACUCUCACAGACUUGAAAGAAGCUGAAAAGGUGAUCAAAGGUCAACAGGAAAACAAGGAAGCUGAGCCAGAACCCGUAAAAACCCAAGAAGAGGAGAGCAACAAGGACAACCAGUCGAAAGCCAGGAGCAGCCGUGGGUCAGGUGAAGACUCGAGUGAAGUCAGCUGGAGGGCCAGGAUUGCCAGCCUGCAGAAAUCAGACCUUUUAGGACUAACUACUCCAGAUUCCGCUCCAACUUCCCACCGAAGAGCAGCAGGGCAAGCUUUAGAGAGCAAAGAACUGCAGAAGUCCCAGGAGGAUGAAAAGGAAAGUGAUGAGAGAGGUGGGAGGAACAAAGCCGGCGUUCGGGACCGGAGGAGGCCGCGAGGGAAGAGGAGAUCCACGGGGGUUCCACAGACCACCAAAGAUAGCGAUGGAGAGGAAUCUGAAGAGGAAGACGGGGAAGAGGAGAAACCACGAGCUCAGGUAGAUGGACUUGGCUCUCGGGCAGAUAAUGUAUUCAACUCACAUACCAGCAGCCGUGCAGAGAGAACGCUGGGAGCAGAGCAUCGGGAUACAAAAGACUUUAAGAAACUCUACGAGGACCUGGUAAGAGACAAUGGACGCCUCCGUUCGCAGCUGCUAAACACCCAGAACCUGGUGAACGAAACUAAAGCAGAGUUGGAAAGAGCCACGCAGAGACAAGAAAGAAGUGUUGACAGAUCUUUCUUGAUUGAUACCGAGAAGAAGGAGAAGAUUAUACUGGAGCGCAGGGUGUCUGAGCUGCACGAGGAAAUGAAGGUUCUCGGGGAUCUGAAAGCUGACAACCAGCGCCUGAAAGAUGAAAACGGGGCCCUAAUAAGAGUCAUUAGCAAAUUGUCCAAAUAGUGCAGCUGUUGUGGGCCUGCUCUCUGUGGUACCCGGGAUUUCCUGCUCUCCCACUUUUCACAAGCUUUGGGACCGACCAGUUGGACAUAGAAUCUUAAAAUGAGAUGUUGGGGGCGAUAUGAUAUGAAUCCCCCCCCUUUCUCCCUAUUGCUUCACUCCUUUCCUUUUUUUUGUGCAGCCACCCCUUUACCUAUCCGGGAUUUGUCACAUCGGAGGUCUCUUCAUCCGUCGGCAACUCCAAGAAAUGGACCCUAUAAAGCAGUGGAUUUCAAAUGUAGCUUACAAAGCUCUGAACCCCCAAAAGAAGCCACGUAAAACGUGUAUUUUUUUUUUUAAGACCUCACUAGAUCCAUCCUCGUUUAUUUUAUUUUUUUGAGAUGAGUGCAAUGGAGUUUCUUUGGAAAGACUUCGCUUGGGUCCUUCAGCCGAGAAGAACGUGCGUAGGACCAUCUACAGAUCUCCUGAUGGGUUCAAGUUGCGGAAAGCUGGUGUUUUUCCUGAAGAAUGUAUAUUUUUGUCUGUACAUUUAGAAAACGGGAAACACAUGCAGAUAUUAAGCUGUUUUCAUUUUUAAAUCGGGUCUACUUUUCAAAUCUGAGGAACACAAGAGACUUCCUCUAGUUUUAUCUUCUGAAAAAAAGCUGGACAGACGACCAACCCCGAAUUUUUUUUCUUCUUCCUCCUACUUUCCCUUGUGUAAAUUAACAAGAGCGACUUAGGCCGUGGGAAAGCGGUGUGGAUUA